UCAAACUGGUAGUGGUAAAACAUAUAGUAUGGGUACAGCCCUUGAUGGCUCAAAUUCAUCACCUGAACACAUAGGUGAAUCCACGGGUAUGGUCCCACGUUCAAUACAUCGUCUAUUCGAAGACCUUAAUAAUCGAAAAUCAAAAAAUCCUUCCUAUCAAUUUGAGGUCUUUGUGACUUUUCUAGAAUUAUAUAAUGAAGAUCUAGUGGAUUUAUUAAAUCCACAAAAUCGCGAAAAUGUUAAAAAAGGAAAAAAUGAUUUAAUGAUAAGAGAAGAUUCAAAGGAAAUUCCCGUAAACUCUCCAAAAGAACUCUUGGAGCAAUUACAACAAGGUUCUUCAUAUCGAACAGUUGCAUCCACUGAUAUGAACAUGGUGUCUUCACGGUCGCACGCUAUUUUCUCCGUUAUCCUAAAACAAACAAGAGUUGAAAAUAUUGAUGAUGAUAAAGAAAAUUGCGUUCUAGCCUCUGAAACAACUUCAAAAAAGAAAAAACCUAAAACUUUAACUUCUAAAAUAACGUCAAAGUUUCACUUUGUAGAUUUGGCCGGUUCUGAAAGA